CCUUCUCAUUGGAGUGAAUUUAACUUCCUUCCUUUCCCCUUCUCCUUCUUCUCUUCUCUUCCACUCUUCCUGCUCUCUGUUUUUCAGUUAUCUUCUCCUCUCCCCUUGAUCUCGCAUUCUCUCUCGAUUCCGUAAAGUCCAACUCCUUUUCCUUCUCUGAUCUCUGCGAUUACGUCUCUCCACUCUUUUCCCGGAAAAAAAAAUCGCAUCUUUUCCCGGAAAGUUCUCACCUUUCCGUUAUUUCAGUCUCUGGGUUUUCUUCACACGACAGACAUUACCUUGUUUGUAAUUGUCCGAAAAGCAUCAAACUUUGAUGGGUCUCUGUCAUGGAAAACCUAACGAACACCAAUCGAAACAGAGCCUCUCAAUCACCAACGAGGAGAAGGAAGAAACUAAGACUCCUUUCAAUCUGUUUAGUCCAUUACCAAGCCUCUUCAAAACCUCCUCACCUGCGGUAUCCUCCUCUAGCGUGAGCUCCACGCCACUACGCAUCUUCAAGCGUCCUUUCCCACCUCCUUCACCCGCCAAGCACAUACGCGCCUUCCUCGCGCGUCGUCACGGCUCCUCCGCUAAGCCUGACCGAGCUUCGAUCCCUGAAGGUGGUGAGUGUGAGGCUGGCCUUGAUAAGGCUUUUGGAUUCUCGAAGCAGUUUGGUGCGUACUAUGAGAUUGAUGGUGAGGUGGGUCGUGGUCAUUUUGGGUUUACUUGCUCUGCUAAAGGGAAGAAAGGUAGCUCGAAAGGUCAUGAUGUUGCUGUCAAAGUUAUUCCCAAAUCAAAGAUGACUACGGCAAUUGCAAUUGAGGAUGUUAGAAGAGAAGUGAAGAUACUGAAGGCUUUGACUGGUCACAAGAACCUAGUCCAGUUCUAUGAUGCCUUUGAAGAUGAUGAGAAUGUUUACAUUGUCAUGGAGUUAUUGAAAGGAGGUGAACUCUUAGACAAAAUACUUCAAAGGGGAGGCAAAUACUCAGAAGAUGAUGCUAAAAAAGUAAUGGUUCAGAUUCUUAGUGUAGUAGCAUACUGUCAUCUUCAAGGUGUGGUUCACCGUGACCUCAAACCUGAGAAUUUUCUCUUUUGUACAAAGGACGAGACUUCUCCUCUGAAAGCCAUUGAUUUUGGUCUCUCCGACUAUGUCAGACCUGAUGAGAGGUUGAAUGACAUUGUAGGAAGUGCUUACUACGUGGCCCCUGAAGUGUUACACCGUACAUAUGGAACUGAAGCAGAUAUGUGGAGCAUUGGAGUGAUUGCUUAUAUACUUCUCUGUGGUAGCAGACCCUUUUGGGCCCGUUCUGAAUCUGGAAUCUUCAGAGCUGUUCUUAAAACAGAACCCAAUUUCGAAGAAGCUCCCUGGCCAUCUCUUUCACCUGAGGCAUUAGAUUUCGUGAAACUUUUGCUGAACAAAGAUUACCGUAAGAGACUAACUGCUUCACAGGCUUUGUGCCAUCCGUGGCUGGCCGGUUCACAUGAACUAAAGAUAACAUCUGAUAUGAUCAUUUACAAGCUGGUAAAAGUAUACAUUAUGUCAUCUUCUUUAAGGAAAACGGCUUUAUGGGCUCUUGCCAAAACAUUAACUGUACCGCAGCUGAGUUAUCUGCGUGAGCAAUUUAAUCUGUUGGGACCAAGCAAAAACGGAUAUAUCUCAAUGCAGAACUACAAAACAGCGAUCAUGAAGAGUUCGACAGAGGCUACAAAGGAUUCAAGAAUCUUGGAUUUUGUAGACAUGAUUAGUUGUCUUCAGUACAAGAAACUAGACUUUGAAGAGUUUUGCGCUUCGGCUUUAAGUGUUCAUCAGCUAGAAGCAAUGGGAACUUGGGAGCAACACGCACGUCGUGCUUAUGAGCUGUUUGAGAAGGAUGGAAACAGAGUUAUCAUGAUCGAGGAGCUUGCAUCGGAGCUCGGUCUUGGACCAUCAGUACCAGUUCAUGUUGUGCUUCAGGAUUGGAUAAGACAUUCUGAUGGCAAGCUAAGUUUCUUGGGUUUUGUCAGACUCUUACACGGUGUGUCCUCUCGGAGAUUGCAGAAAGCGUAGAGAAGCUUUCUUACCUUCACUCACGCAUCUACUUCUCCUUAGCCUGCCUCUAGGAGAUGAACCUCACACCAAGUCUAAAUAUUAGACCUGAUAGGUAACUCGAGAGGAACUUAACCGCUGCAGAGCUACCACAUUUGUCAGAUGAAGUUGCAGUCUAGGAGAUUAUAUGGGUUCUUUUUGCUCUGUUUCAUGGUAGUCUUUUUUUUUUCUCUUUGUUUUGGUGAAAGAUAAGAGUCUUUAUUGUUCAAGAAUGGUGCUAACGAGAUUAAAAGGGGUUGUACAGAAGAAGAAACAUACCCACUUCCCCAUUGAAGUGGUCUCUUUCUUCUUUCUUGUUCCUUUGUAAUAAGAACACAUACCUCAGUUCUUACCUUGACAAAAGUAUCAAUUUAUAUUUGAUGCUCAUCAAUGAGCAAGA